AUGGACUCUUCACCCUCAUCGCUGCUGAAGCUGCUCCUUCCCAAGACUCCAUUCUUGAUGAAAACGGCCUUAUCACACACUCUCUCCCUCUCAGCCACAUCCUCAAAAUGGGAUCUGCGAACAGCCAUUACAGUCAACCUUCUGCGGGAAAUGACCGGGCCCAACUCCGCUCCUUCAUCCAUCACCAAAGUCCAAAACCUGACUACCAAGGAUCCCGGUGUCAAGGGUAAAGUAUGGGCUAGCAAGGUCAAACUUGCAGCUGCUGAGGAAGAUGAUGUCAGACAAUUGAUGUUUAAAGCGAUUGAGGACAUGGGUACGGGAGAAGAGCAGUGGACGAAACCUGAGACGCAGCCUCUGGAAGCGGAGUGGAAUGGCUAUCGCGCUGAUGCAAAGGACGAUGAGCCUGAACCUGCAGGCAUGAGCGAGAAAGAGAAAUAUGAGGCCAUGAUGAAGGAAACGACAUCCAAGACCACCGUCCUAUAUUUCCACGGUGGAGCGAUGUAUCUCCUUGAUCCAGCCACAUACCGUCCCACAACCUCCAAACUCGCCCGAGAAACCGGCGGAAGAGUGUUCAGCGUCCGCUACCGUCUCAGCCCUCAAAACGUCUUCCCAGCCGCCUUGUUGGAUUGCUUCACCGCCUACCUCAGCCUCCUCCAUCCACCCCCUGACGCACCUCACGCCCCCAUCCCCGCCAACGAAAUCGUCUUUGCAGGCGACUCCGCCGGCGGAACAUGCUGCACCGCGCUUCUCCAACUCCUGCUCCAAAUCCACCGCACGUCUCCCAACCCCACCGUGACCUUCCACGGCAAGGAAGUAGACAUUCCACUCCCCGCAGGCGUCGCAAUGACGUCCCCCUGGGUCGACAUCACCCGGUCCCUCCCUUCCAUUGAAGCCGCAGCAACGCUGUACGACUACCUCCCCGCGCCCUCGGCCACCGACAAGCGCGAAUUCGUGCCCGACGCCGUCUGGCCUGCGAAUCCCCCGCGCGCGGACUUGUACUGCGAAGCCAGCGCGCUGACACACCCGCUCGUGUCGCCGCUCGCAGCGCAGGACUGGUCCAACUCACCCCCACUGUUCUUCUCCGUUGGCGAGGAAAUGCUGCGCGAUGAAGACGCAGUCUUGGCCCAGCGCGCUGUCAAGCAGGGCGUGACGGUUGUGUGGAGAGAGUUUGAGGCGAUGCCGCAUUGUUUUGCGAUGUUACUGGAGAGUAAUCCGGGGGCGCCAGUGCAUCAGAAGGAGAUUGGUAGUUUUUGUAAGGAGGUAGUGGAGAAGCCGGGGUCUUUGGCGACGAAUGGCGUGUUUAUCGAGGCGAAGACAUUGAAGAGGAGGGAUGUGGAUGUUGGCAGUGGGCUGACAGAGAUUACGGAGGCGGAGGUCGAGGGGUAUAUGAAAGCGGGCAAGGAGAGGAUUGAGAGGAAAUUUAGGAGGGGCAAGGAGCCGGAGACGGAGACUAGGCCGAUGUUGUGAUCAACACUGCUGAUCAAGAUAGAGAUACUAUACCUUAGCCUGUAUUUAUUCACUCAUAUUUCGACAGUAUGACUGUAAAGCAUGUCAGAUCUGGCUUUUUGUGCAAUUGUCAUUGACUUCCAGGGCAAGAUCCGAAGUCUUCAGGCAAAACCUGCGGCCCAGAUUGGAGGCAUAUGAUUUACAUGUCAAGUUGGUGUGCAC